UUAACUAUAACAACCUUGGUAAAGAGUCUAUAUAAUAUAUGGGUUUCACCUUCUAAAAUGAGUGACAAAAAAUAUUGAACUUUUUCCAUGAUAUUGUAAUUUUUUGAGAUGUACCUGUAAGCCUUAGUAGCCACAGCAUCACCCCUUUCAACAAACUCGUACAUGCACAUGUACAUGUACAUGCAAGCUCCAGUCAGUGACAGCACAGUUACUAUAAACUCUACCACUAGUGAUGUUUCGCUUGUGAAUGAGCCAAUAUCAAUUGUUUUUAGGGUUGAUUUAAUAGCUAUAGGGAUAUAAAGAAAACGGAUACCCUUAAAAACAUAUGUUUUCUGAAUUCAAUAGUCUUUUGGGGCCGGAUGAGAAGCCUGAUAUGUCCUCCGGGCCGCCAGUUAAUGAUCACUGAUGUAGACUGAUGGGCAGCAAGAGCCUGGAUAUAUCACUGGUGUUUUUAAGUGGAGACCUACUUACACUGGUGUGUCCACUUCGUCCCAUGACACCUUGGAGAUGUCGUACAGCAAAGACACUAAUUGCUUUUACUGAAAUUACCAUAAUUGAGUAGCUUUUUGUGUACUCGUACUGUUCUUAGUGUAAAUGUUCUUUUACUUGAGCACAAUAAUCUUGUACUUUUUGUAUCUUGUACUUACCUGAUAAACCUGGUUGGAGAUCUAUUCUCAUGUUAUUAUUGCCAAUAAGGAAAGAUCAUAUUUUACUGUAGAACACCUCAGCAUCUCAGUGCUUCAAGUAAACUUUAAAUUAGAUGCUUUUAACUUUUACUUGAGUAGAUUUAUAAGCCUGUACUUUUACUUCUACAUCAGUAAAUGUUAACCAGAGUUGCUGUACUUUUACUUGAGUAGAGUAGUUCUCUACUUUUUCCACCUCUGACUUGCACUUUUACUUCUAUUUGCUCCCUACCAACUUUACCAACACCAGGCAGACCUUUAUUAGCCAUAAAAUAGAAGUUGCUGAUUGUGCACACAGUGUUUUUAUCCCGUAGUUUCGGUUUCAUUUCACUUAAAAUGUGAGUGAUCUGUUUUAGCAACCUGUGGAAUGAGGGGCUUCAUUACAGUUGCAAACUUAUUUGUUGUUUACAUGUUGUUCCUUAUAUGAGCUGCUUUCACACCAACUUUAAUAGUACUAAAUGUAUUCUAUCUUUUUAAUUUAUAAUGAGUGAUAUUACUUAUUUGACUUUACAUCAGCCUGUAAGUCCAUGUGGUAAUUCCCUUAAAAUCCUGCAGUCAGACAUUCAGUUUUUGUUGAACUCGUCAAGUGUUAAAACACGUGUUACUUCCUGCAGUUGUUAUGAUGUAAGUUCAUUGGCUGCAUAGUUAUGAAGAUGCAGUGUCACGUAAGGAGAGGGAAAUAGAAACUUAUAAAGUCAGAGAAGAGAAAACGAAUGUGAGGAGUAGGAGGAGGGGGGCGGGGCUAUCAGCUGCUGCAGUUUAUAAACAGAGCAGCGCUCAAACCUCUGUCCCAGCUGCUGAUCUGCACCGACUACACACCUGUUAUCAUCUCAACACUUCUAGAAGUUUCCCUGAGGAGUUUAAUACGCUAAAACUAAAGGCUUUUUGAGUCAUGGAGAUAACAAUCGUAAUGCUGGGUGAGUCCCACAGCCUCACGGUGACCCCUGGCGCCACUGUGGGCUCCCUGAAGAUCAUGAUCCAGGACAGACUCGGAGUCUCCGUGGCCAGGCAGAGGCUGGUCUACGAUAACGGACACAGGACUGCCCUCACCGAUGAUUCCAGGACCGUCAGCUCUUACGGCCUGCAGCAGGGCUCCCGGGUGUCUCUGCUGGUCACCCAGGAGCCGCCGACUUUCCAGGUGUUCCUAAAAAACGAGAAGGGAAAGACGAACACCUAUGACAUCUCAUCGGAGGAGACAGUGAACGACUUCAAGAAGAAGGUGGAGCAGUGGGAGGGCGUCGCAGCGAGUCAGCAGAGGUUGGUUUUCCAGGGCAGAGAGAUGACAAGCGGGAGACUGACGGACUAUAAGGUGACAGAGCACAGCACCAUCGAGCUGAUGCUCCGCCUGAGAGGAGGCUGAACACACCCCUGCUCCGUUUAGCUUUAAUUCAUAAACUGUUUAGAUUAUUAUUUAUCAUUUGAGUUUCAAUGUUGUAGCACAGAGACACAGUAGCAAAUACAAAUCAAACAAGAAGUGUUGAUGGAUCUGUAAUAGCUCAUUUAAGUGACAGUAACAAUCAGUGCUGUUGCCUUCAUGGUUUUCUCACAGAUUUUAUUUUAGAUAAUGCAUUCCUCACCCCCUGUGUCAUUUAUUUAAAACCUGUUUUUUUUUCUUAAUUUUGCAAAUAUGUUGAUGGCAAAGUAUCAUGUUAAUGUUGUAUUUUCACAAAUACAUGUUAUUUUGUUAAUCUGACAAUAAAAAGGUACAAUUUCCAUGUGUCCUUAUGUUUCAUGCAGGAAGUAAUGCUCAAAACUGGAAAAAGUACCAGACUAUUAUACUCAAGUAAAAGUUUUACUUUGGUGAAGGCCGCCCCUGAGGGGGAAUAAAGGGGAGAGCUUUUGGGGUCCCAUUUCAUAGUUAAGCUGUGAUAACCAUAUUUCAUGUUUUGACUUGAUAAUAACUACACUUGUCAAAGCAGCUAUUUAAAAAAAAAUAAAACAUUUUAGCCGUUCUUCAGAAUGUAAUCUCCCCGUUUUUAAGCGUUUUUUUAAAACUAAACCCUUUGGAAAGUAACAACAGACUUCAAGGCCUAUCCAUAAUGUGCACAAAUGUCAGGGAACCAGAAAAUUAAGACAACAAAGGGAAAAAUAUUAAAUAAUUGUGACAAAAAUGGUUUAAAAGUAGCAACGAAAAUAAAAAAAAAAUUGGCUUAAAAAGUGAGGAUGGGUUACAAGUGGUCGAUAUUAUUUGAAAUGACAAAAAAUGGGAAUAAAAGGUGUGAAAAGGGAUUACAAGUGGCAAAAAUGGGUUAUCAGAAGUUAAAUGUGCAGAAAACAAUCAGUGAAGAGGUAAAAAGAAGGCCAAAGGGGUUGAAUGUGGCAAACAAUGGGUGAAAAGAUUUUUUAAAUAGCAAAAAUGGGUUAAAAGUGGCAAAAAUUGGUAAAAGAGGUAACAGUGACAAAUUGACUAAAGGUAGCAAUUAAAAGUAGCAGAAAUGGCACAAACAAAUCAUUUCUAUUCUUGGCCCCAUUCUUUUUUCAUUAUACAGUAUAUGCUGCCACCUGUAUAGCCUAGCACAAUUUAUCUUUCGUUUUUAUGUGGGUGAUUUGCAAAUUGAUCUGCCAAAGAAGCCAAAAGGAAGUUUUGCCCAAAAUUCUUUGCUCAAAUGCAUUUCUGAUAUCAAGCAGUUGUUAGGCCAAGUUUUUGUACUGAUCUAUAAGUCUACUGAAGUAAAAGUAAAAAGUAGAUUAUUCAAAGUUUACCGAAGCACUGAGUGGCUUCUUUUGAUAGCCCAAAGGGAUUUCACAGGGGGAUAAGGUCUUUCCUUAAUGUGAUAUAACUACAAGAUAAUAUAAAUAAUAUCAGGUUGUUCAUUAUAAGGUGUCACCUAAAGUAAAUGCAACAGCUGAUUUGGGAUUAAAUGUGUUGACAUUUUCUCCUUAUGAGCUACUGACCAUCACUACUACUAAUUACUUUCCAUUUUCUUGCUGUUGGCAGACAGCUUGGCCCUCCUUGUUUUGGCUUUUAGUGUUUAUGUUUUAACUCAGUACUUGAUGUUUUUUAAAAUGUAAUGAGGCACAAUACUUCCCCCAAAAUAUACUUAAGUAAAAGUGGUGAUUUUUAAAAGUACUCAAAAGUAUACCAAAAAGCUACUC